AAAGAAUUAGUAAUCAUGGACCCUCUGUUUGCAUCAAGGAAGGUGAGCCUGGCAGCACAAGCUCCAGCCUUUAUGACGAAACUCCCAUCGGCACUGUUGAAAAAGAAUACCCAGAGAAUGACCAUUUUUAGAGCAAGAGAUAGCCUCGCGCCGAAAUCUUAUCGUAGUGGCAGCAGCAUGAAAAGCCGAAUGACUAUCUGUAGAAGUCGUCCAGGAAGUAUGGCCAAAAGCAGGCUAAGCACCGCGAAGAGGAAAUAAGAAGCGUGCCCAAUACAAGGUUGCUCCUGCAAAGGUCGACACUGUGGAAGAAAAGGCUAAUUUCUUCUAUGGGCCGUAUAGGAAGGAUCUCAUGGCUAAUAAUUUUGGAGCAGAAUUUGCUAAGUUCGACAACCUGAACCGGAGGAAAUCAAAUAACAACGUAGUGAAAUAAGCUGGAGGAUGAGCAAUCACCAAUGGCUUCAGGUAAUAAGAAGCCAAGGAGGUCGACUAUGUUAAAAACUAAAUUCUUUAAUAAGAGCAGAGGCAAGAGAAACAAAAGAGUUAGCGCCCAGAUUCCGAUUAUUAGUCUUAAUUUCAAUAAGACUUCUGUAGGGCUUAGACGUCGAAAGCGCUCCUCAAAGAUUAGGGGAAGUAGAGCAUCAUCAAAUUCGAAAAAUAGCUUAUCUAAAAGAACAAGGAGUCGACAGAGAUCUCGCCAGAAGUCAAGGCAAAAAUCUAGACAGACUACUGAGUCUGUCUCCUCUCCUGAGGAAUCCUCUUCUUCAGAACUGAGCUUGAUUCCUAGCGUAGAGAAUGCCUCUAGUAAAGAAACUGGAGCUCUUCCUAAUACUCCAGAGGAGAUGAUGAGGAAGGAAGAAGUCAAAGCUAAGAUGAAUCUCAGCAAAAUUAACCAAAAGUCAAUACAACUUAUGCGAAUAGAUGAGGAGAGGCAAAGCUUGAACAAUAGCCCAAAACAUCUUAAAGCUGAGUCUUCAAAAAUGUCAGCCAAGUACCCCAGUACUACCACAAAAGGGAAAUCUUAUAAUACAAAAACUGUGAAGAAGUUUAUUAAUAAUCAGAAACCGAGUGUUCAUAAAAAAUCUCAAAAGAGAAAUCAAAGAGUUUCAGGAGUUGCGAGUUUGUUUAACACAACUGCUCUCUCAAAUCAUAAUAAACUCUUUCAAAAACUAACAUCCCCUCUUUUCAAAAAUGAACCAGUGGCUCAGAGCAUUCAUCCCAAAAUAUCCUUUAAUUCAAGCCAAAUAACUCCAAAAGACUCUAAUAGUACCAAAAGUCCAGCUCAGAAGGCUCAAAAAGGGUCAAAACGGGCUAAUUCCACCUCUAAAUCAAAAUUUAUGGCCAAAAACUCACCUAGCAUUCUCAUAAAGCUCCAAAAUAAGCCUUCAAUAAGCACAAGUAUCCAUAAAGCUUCUCAAAAGGCUUCUAGGGCUUCUCCAGAACAAGUUUUGGAGAAAUCUUCAAAAGCUAUUGAACAGAAAUUCGAAGACUUUGGAGAGACUAUUUCUAGAGAUUUCUCUGAAACGUUAUUAUCUUCUAUGUUUUACUUGACAAGUAGGCCAAAAGUAAAGAAAUAAGAAUAACCGCACAAAGGUGUUUUAUAGGAGACCAGUGAUGAAUAGGGAUUGGAAAAACAGUGAAAAAUGGGAUGGAAAGAGUAGGAAGGAGAUAUUAGGAAAGAGGAUUGGCAGUGGAGGGGAAAGAGAUAAGGAGAAAGUGUAUAGUACUAUUCCAUUCCGGUUAAAGAAAAAGAAGGUUAAUAAAAAGGCUCAAAAGAUGAAAUCCAUUGAUGUAGAAAUAUUUGGCUCUAAGAAUUUUGAUAUCAAGGAAGAGAAAACUCGUAAUACAUCAAAGCUCCACCACACACUAAACUCACCGACAAGCAGCCCUUCAUAUACGCUAAGACAGGAAUAACAUUCAAAAAUCGAGCUUCAUGAAGUAUUAUAAUUACUUGAAUCAUGAGGCUAUCUGAAGCCCUCAGCCUAGAAUGCAGAAGAAAUAUAAACUUCUGAAAACAAUUGAUAACCAAUUAGCUACAAGCGAAUACCCCAAGCUAAAAGAGUACUUCAAGAACAUAGAGGAAGAGUCAAGCAAGAAGCCUGAUAAGAAGGAAUUGGAGAGCUUCAAGCAGCACAGACAUCUCAUGUCUGAUAUAAGAAGUUUCGACCGUAUACUAGAAAAAGAGGAGAAAAGUCCUGUUGAUAAGUACUACUACCUCAGAGAAUUCAGACCCAAAAAGACACUUAUAUCCAGAAUAACGG